UUCCCUUUGCUCCCUUUGUGGUAUUUAUGUAGACGGCAGAAAUAGAGAGAUUUGUUUUGUGUGUGUGUGUGUGUACUGUAGUUGAUCAUUGCUAAUAUACAUUUGGGCCUAGACCACUAACAAAAUGCAGGAGACCGAACAAACAGGGAUAACUCAGAAAACCGAGUGUAUAGAUUGGGGUGGACAGAAUUGUGGACAAACUCGGAUGACAGUCAAUAACAAAACCUGGAAGGAUACAUUAGUAAAGAACGCCCUUGAUGGACUGCCCCUGCCAUCUCCAGACUGUGACAGAUGCUCAGUCAUAUCGGGAGAGUGUCUCUAUUACCAUUAUGGUUGUGAUGGAAAGGAUGACAGAGGUUGGGGUUGCGGAUACAGGACUAUUCAGACCAUGUCUUCAUGGUUGUGUCUUAAUCAGUCUCUCAGUGUGAGUCCCAAACACCCUCCUAGCCUUUCUGAAAUCCAACAAACUUUGGUGAAAAUAGGGGACAAGCCUGAUUCAUUUUUGGGUUCCAGGGAGUGGAUAGGCACGUUUGAGGCAAGUCUUGUUCUUGACCAGCUCUUUGAUGUUCCCUGCCGCAUUGUGCAUGUGCGGUAUGGCAAGGAGCUUGAGCAAGCUGUGGAGGACCUCCAUAAACACUUCCUUACACACGGGUCACCUGUAAUGAUGGGAGGAGACAGGGAUAACUCUUCUAAGGGUGUCUUAGGGGUGUGCACAGGAAUACGGGGGAGCUACCUGCUUGUGAUGGAUCCACACUAUUUUGGCUGUCCUUUAGAUAAAAACUCUGUGCAAAAGCAGGGCUGGGUUUCAUGGAAAGCAGUUGGUUCUCUGGAUCAGUGCUCUUUCUACAAUCUUUGUCUGCCUCUUACUGCAAAGAAGUGAUCAUGUUUGCAGUGAUAAUGUUAUCACAACAUAUAUUAGGGGCAGUGGUGGCUCAGCGGUUAAGGCUCUGGGUUACUGAUCAGAAGGUCAGGGGUUCAAGCCCCAGCACUGCCAAGAUGCCACUGUUGGGCCCUUGAGCAAGGCCCUUGACCCUGUCUGCUCCAGGGGUGCCAUAUCAUGGCUGACCCUGCACUCUGACCCCAGCCUAGCUGGGCUAUGUGAAAAAGAAGAAUUUCACUGUAUAUGUGUGAUAAAUAAAGAAAAUUAAAUCAUUGUG